UUUCUCGGUGUAUCUGUGACCCACAGACGACAAGAGACACCCCUGAGUCAGAAUGGAGCUUCUCCACUGCAGUCAUCUCUCAGCUCUGUUGAUUUCCUUGCUGCUCGCUGUCAAAGCAUCCGAUAUCAGGAUCACUCCGAAGGAUCCUCUGGUCCACCUGGGAGGUGCCAUCAACCUCACCUGUGAAACAACCUGUUCCGCCAAACCCCAUUGGAGGAGUUUAGACGACGCAGAAUACAAGACGCUACAGGAAGGGCAGAAAACUGUUCUUCUCAUUGCAUCUGCCACCAUUCAGCAUGAGGGCAAGAAAACGUGCGCGGCCAAUUGUGGAAGAAGACAGACAUACGUUCAACUCGUAGUCAUCUCUUUCCCACAGCCCGUCAUGACCACAGACCCUGAGGUCCUCGCACCCGGACAGCCCUUCACCGUCACCUGCUCUUUGAGCCAAGUCUACCCCCAAGGCAGCGUGCUACUGAUGUUGUUUCGCGGUGACGAAAUUGUGCAGGAAUCCAAAGAAAGCACUCCGAGUGAUAAAUAUUUUGAUAAUUACUUGUUGACUGCUGCUGAACAGACCGGGACCGAGGCUACAGAAUACAGAUGUGAAGCACAGCUAACAGCCAAGGGUCACAACCUGAAAAAAAAUACCACACUGACAAUUCAGUUUCCAGAGCCUCCGACCACACCCGAUGUUCCGACAAUCCAUGAAUAUAAGACAUCACCGGUACAGGCAACCACUGGAGACACCACCACUGAGAGGAGUAGCACUAUUGCAAAUGCACCAAAGACAACUUCACAAGCUCCAGAGAUCGUGACACAUGUCACAAGCACAGCAAAACCUCUAAUGAAGGUGACCACCACUGAGGCAGCAGUACCUAUCAAGGAGAUGUCAGCCUCACAGAAAAUUGCAUUUGAUCAGAAGGCUACAACACCUCCGUACAGUAAGGAGGGAAAAUCUGCAGCUGGUUCCACCACCAUGGUCGCAGUAAUUGCUCCACUUUCCUUGGCUACCUUGGCUACCGCAUCAGCCAUCAUAGGGUGGAUGAUCUGUCGCAGGAGAAAACAGUCUUCUCCAGAACUCCUUCAGACAGCAGAUCCAGGUCCACAGACACCUGUGACAGAACAGUAACCUCUCUGCACACCUGCAGAAGCCUCACGUGUAACCAAGCAACACCUCCUCGCUAUCACAAAGAUCAGGAUCUCUAGGAUAAUAUAGUAUAAGACAGAAAAUUCUUCCACUCUGACAGAUUCUAUAUUCUGAAACAUGCAAACCUAAUACUGAACUGUGGUACCAUUUUAAUAGCUUUAUCUUUUCAAAUGAAUAUGAUAAUCAAAAUGUUUAUUAAA